AUUGCUCAAAAUGGAUUCUAAGGUGAAAACUAUCCUCAGUUCCCCACUCAGACAGUUCACAUGUUGCAUAUCUGUGGAUGGGAAAGAACAGGAGCAGCCCCAGAAAAAGGCGCCCCAUAAGGAACCAUGCAUGACUGCAGAAGAGUUGCAGAGGUACCAGAAGGGCAUCGAAAUAGAAAAUAAAAAGCGAGCAGCCUUUCACCAGCAGAGGAACGCAGAGCGUGCAGUCAUGAGGACUCACUUUCGCCAGAAGUACCAGCUGUCUGAGAAUGCUAAAGACAACUCUCAGAUGCUAGUGGCUGGUGGUUCUGUGCGGCUCCCCGAGGCACUGGCAGCGAUGGUGCGUUCCGAGAAGUCAUCUGAGCAGGAAGGUGGGCUCAGUUUCUUCGGGGCCUUUCCAGGUCUGGACCUCACCGCAUUCAAGGAUUCAGCUGGGACAGCCACCGACCAAUGUCGGGUCAUGUGAAUAAAGACAUUAGGAACCUACGGAUACGUUUUCUCAGGAAUCACAAAAUGAUCUUACACAAGAAAAGUGAAUAGGCAUAUCCUUCAUCUACCGACUUUGACUGGAGGAAGAUGUUACACCAUCAUGUCGAAACCCAGCCAUUGUCUCGUCAAUAUAUUUGUAACUGAGUAGAUAGCAAAUCAUGAUCAAAAACUGGGCUUCCUCCUAUUAUUUAAUAUUUUUAUAUUAUUUAAUAAAGCACAAGAUGUUUUUAUUAUUUUUGUCCAUAUUCAAAAAAGGUUUGCCCAGGAUAAUCACCCACUAAUAAUAUAACAACAUUUUACACCAUUAUCUAACAUCCUGAAUCAGUUCAGGAGCUGCAAUGGGCGCCAAGCAGGCACAGGUCCUGCACAUGAGAGCCAACUCAGAAUUUCUAAUUAACCUAAUUUGCACGUCUUUGAGGAGAGGGGACUUGGACUACAUGGAGGAAAAAUCAUGUCGACACGUGAAGAACACAGGCAGCGAUUAGGUGCAGACUUCAAACUCAGGGCACUGGAUUUGUGAGGCAGCAGCGCUAGUCGAUGCACCACCAUACUUCCCAACAUGAUAUAAACUG